AUGAAGACUCUAGGACACAUCUCGAACAAAUUACCUGGUAAGUUUUGGGUUUUUACUAGUCUUUUUGGUUUUAGAUGAAGGUUAACGGCUUGUUUUGAAUUUAAAAAACAAUCUCGAAGAUGUUUGUGUUUAUGAACCUUGUUUGUCUUGAUUUUGAAAGGCGAUAGGUUAGGGUUUUCUUUAAAUCAUGAGAAAAAAAUUAUUUUGGAAGUUUAAUGUUGUUUCUAAUUUGAAGCAAUGUGUAUUGGCUUGACACUCGUGCUAUUUUGGACUUAAAAGAUUCCAAAAAAUGUUUUCUUACUUUUAAAAAAAAUUGGUUUUUGAAACAUUUGGAACACUAAAUUUUGAGUUCUAUUGUUGUAGGAAGACAUCGAUGUGAAUGUCAGGCAAGAAUUCACGGAUUGAUUCGAAAUUGUAAAGGAUGUGGACGGAUAGUGUGUGAACAAGAAGGAUCUGGUCCAUGUGUGUUUUGUGGCAAAUUUGUGUGCACCAGAGAGGAAGAAAAUGUAAUUUUUUACAUUAAGUUCUACUACAAUAUGUUUUCUAACGUUUUUGAUGUCAAAGCUUUAAGAAACAAAUUAAUCUUAUAGAUCAGGAUAGUUUAAUGUAUGGUGGAUGUUUUUAGAUAAUACAGAAUGACAAACAACGAGGUAUGCAACUGGAAAGGGACCUGAUGAAGAAGGCUGGUUAUGGAACGGAUCUCAGCAGGAGUAAAGAGGAAUCUGAAGCCGAAAAGUAUCGUGAUCAAUUACUGAAAGCGGAUAGAGAAAGGUAAUUUACUAUUUUUUAUUGGUGUUUAGGGUUAUUUGGAUUUUGAGGCUUGUAAGAUGGCUUAUUGGAUCAAAAGGAUGUUGUACAGGAGCUAAUGGGGAACUUUUAGUUUUUGUCAUAACUUUGUUUAGCUGAUGGGUAGAAGGUUAAAAAUUGGUGUGACCGAAGCUUGUUACAUUGGGCAACUUUCAAAAAACAACUUUGGUCCACAAGUACAGUAAUCUCAAAGUUACAGUAGUUUUACCAUAACUCAUACUUUUUGCUAAACUUUGAUGUCUUUGGCUAAAACUGAAGUUUGACAUUGUGUAAAUCGUACCACAAAUAUAAAGUAGUGACUAAAAUGUUCUAAUAUUGUCUUAAUUUUAGUGUAGUUCGAAACAGAGUACUGGAUUUGGAUUCCGACUACUAUAAUGUUGAGAAUGGUCAUUAUUUGACGGCCGAAGAGAGGAGUGCCAUCAAAAAGAGGAAGGAAGAACUCCAUAGACAUCGAUUGAAUAGAAGAGGACAUUCUUUCAAGAUGGAUUUGGACUUUGCCAAUGCUUCGGUCAAGGAGAUCAAAGUACGUUUUGUUUUUCAGGCUUAAUAUUUUAGGUUUUGAGGUGAAUUUAAGGCUUAAAUACUGAUUUUUUGGAAUCUAAUGAUUUGUUUACUCUACUUUAUAGUAUUUUUUAAUUACUUAUUUAUAUGAUACUAUCAAAGGUCUUAAAACAAUUGUUUUAGACCUCAGGCGACAUUGAGAAAGAAGAAGACGAAGUGAUCCAAGGAAUUCUGCGAAGAGCUGAAGAACGACGAGAACGUGAACGGCAUAAUGCUGUCUAUGAGAAUCGUGCAGAUAAUUUGCCAAAAGUUGAUGAUUUUACAGCUAGGGUAAGUUGUUAAAGGUGUCAUAGUGAAAUAUUGUUAAUGUCAUAGUGACUUACUUAAAAUAUUAAUAUGACGCUUUUGUGAUCUCUACAUGAAUGUUAACGUGUUUUAAAACUAUUUUUAAAAUUUAUAUAAUUUCAGUACGACGAAAACCGAUCAGUCAGUAAAGAACCAAAAGUUGAGAAAACCGACUGGUCGAAAGCCAUUUUCCUGGACAAAGACGAACGAUACGCUCAUACGGAACAACAAGGGUUUUGUAUAGCAUUAUCUCAACCAACAGCGUCUUCUUUAAUCAAUGGUGGUUUAUGGUAUGUGACAAGCCCGGACGAACUUCAAGUAGAAGGUCCAGUAUAUGUGGCGGCUACAGAGAGUGAUGUCAAGGAGUUACCAGCGAAUUCCAUCAUUGGAAAGAUUGUCUUGAAUAAUUGUGUUACUAUGGCCGAAUUCAAGGAGGAUGUAAGGCUUCAUUUUGUGUUUGGGGGUGUGUCAUGAUGACAUAUUAUUAAUGCCAUUGUGACAAUUUGGUGAUGGCUGUAUGAUAAUUUUACUGGGUUUUCGAUGUUAUUUGGAGGACAUUAAUUUCACUGUAUCAUCAGGACAUUCAUAUUGUGUCAUCAUGACUUAUUUAUAUUGUCAUUAUGGCUUAAGGGAUUCUUAAAAUUUAUCAAAAAAGGUAUUUUUUAGAAUAAGGACAUCAAGUUCCCAGCAGACGUUAAAGACUUGUUUGUGCUGACAUUCGACUCACCCGAACCACUUACAGUACCAUUACCGUACAUCACCAAACAUUUCUUCUAUCAGCUACCCGCUAACUUGAGAUACAUAUUGAGGAAGGCAUAG